AUGAAUAAACUUUUCAAAUCGAUAUAUACUCAAACUAAACUUAAUAUUUAUGAAUUUUUAUUUGCUAUUUCAUUUCUAGUAAAUUUUAUACUUGGUCGAUUCAUUCAUUUUUCAGCACCUGAUGAAGAAGUUUAUAAUUAUUAUAAUAAUAAACGGAAUAUAUUGAAUCAAUGGUUUGUUAAAAAAGGUUGGGGUUGGACAACUUUGGUGAUUAUUUUAUUUUAUUCCAAUAUCAUUUAUAAACAAUACAACAGCAAAGCAACAACUAAUACUACUACUACUAAUAAUAAUAACAACAACAAACAAGGGGUGAUAGUUCAGACAAUUCGUAAUGCGGUUAUUAAUUAUAUUGUUGUUACUAUAUGGUGGAUAUUUUUCACUCAAUGGUGUUUUGGAUUACCUAUAAUGGAUAAAAUUUUUGUAUUAACUGGAGGGAAAUGUAGUAUUGACACCAAUAGUAUGGCACAUUUCAAUCCUAAUCAUCAUCAUGUUCAUGCCAAUUUUGUACAAAAAUUGGAAAAUAUUUGGGAAUCUACCGGGAUAACUUCCUAUAAUUGUCGUAGAAUUAAAGGAAGUCAAUGGAUAGGUGGUCAUGAUCCUCUGGGUCAUGUAUUUUUAAUGAUUCAUUCAUCAUUAUAUUUAUUUAAUGAAAUGAUUAAUUAUUGGCCUGGUUGGACUUAUAUUAAACAUAAUCUUUCUCAAAUAUUGACAAGUGGUAAUGAUAAUGGUAAUGAUAAUGGUAAUGGUAAUGGCAAUGGCACUAGAUCUUUAAGUAUUGGUGAUAAAUUGUUAUUAUUAUGGAAUACUCCACAAUUGAUAAUUGGAGGGUUGAUUGGAUUAUGGUGGUUUAUGUUAUUAAUGACAAAUAUUUAUUUCCAUCUGAGUUUAGAAAAAUUGGUAGGUUUGGGAUUUGGUUAUAUUGGUGUUGCAGGAUUAUAUUGGAUACCGAGAUGGUUAUUAUAA